UCCCUACAAAUAAGAUUCCAACAAUUUUAAUUGUUGGAGCUGGUAUAGGUGGACUUAGUUUUUAUCAUUCUGUUCGAAAAAAUCUUGGUAAAAAAUUUAAUGUUAAAAUAUUCGAUCGUGAAACAAGCCCUCAAGAUCGAUGGCAAGGUUAUAAUAUUUACUUUAAUAAAAAAGGUGUUACCUCUUUAUUCUAUUGCACACCACCUGAAGUUCAAGCUCGUUUUCCUGAAGCAAUACCAGAUCCAACUCCUACGGAAUGUCAUACUUUGGCGCUUACUGAUGAUGUUGGGAGAUAUCUACUUUAUUCACCACGUCAAAAAACUAAAAACGUCUAUGAAAUAGAACCUCUUAAACAUGAUUUUGCUGGUAUAGUUGCAUAUCGCAAUAUAUUAAGAGAUGUUUUAUUGGAAGGUGUUGAUAUCCAAUGGGGUAAAAAAUGUGUUAGUUAUGAGGAAAGUGAUGGUGGUAUUUGGGUAUUGUUCGAGGAUGGAACAAGAGAAUUUGGUGAUUUAUUAAUUGGUGCUGAUGGAAUUAAUUCUCCAAUUCGAAAACAAAAGGUUCCUAAUUUAGAAAUCCUCGAUCUUGGUGUAACUAGUGUCACUGUAGAUAUUGCUGUACCAAAAAAUUUGGCCGACCACUUGAUGUCUGUUUACUCAAAUUCAACAAUACAAGAAUCUCUUGGCAAAAAUGGCGAUUUUCAUUUUUCCCUGUUUCGUUUUAUACCAAUUGAUCAAUUCGAUGAACCAAUUUAUAGGGUUACCCUUGCAUAUAUUUAUCCGACAAAACUUGAUAUUGAAGAAAAUAUGUCGAUUGACGAUGAUGAUCCUGAAUCUGUUAUAAAACAUACAAUUUCAAGAAUUAAACAAUUACGUCCUCCUUGUGAGUUAACCGAUUUAUUAAUUGAAUUAUUUUCGUUGGUUCCAUUCUCCAAUCUGGGCGAAAAGUAUCCAUUUAGAACAUAUAUUCCUCCACGACGUCGUCAAUUUCGUGAUAUUUAUCCAUUAUCUGUCCCGCCUUGGAAAAAUGAUAGAAUAAUUUUGUUAGGUGAUGCUGCUCAUGCUAUGAAUCCAAUAUUAGGAUUAGGUGCAAAUAACGCAAUACAAGAUGCCGAUCUAUUGACCAAAGAACUACUUAAUUACGAAAAUUAUAAUUUAGUCGAAUGUGUUCGACGAUAUAAUGAGCAAAUGCGAGCUCGAUCAUCUAAAGAUGUUAUGGAAUCACGUGAUAUGAUACUAAAACAUCGAGAGCCAGUUGGAAAUUUUGGUCUAGUU